AUGACUUCUUUUGAUUCAUGGAGUUUCAACUUCUUUUCGAUGACGCUUGCAACGUUGGCCAUCAUCAUCAGCAAAUCUUCAGUCACUGUUGCAUUACCAAUCGAGUUCCGGCCAAGCCCUUGGUCUCUUGCCCAUGCCACCUUUUAUGGCGACGAAACCGCCUCCGAGACGCUGGGAGGAGCUUGUGGUUAUGGGGAUUUGUUUAGCAAUGGUUAUGGUACGGACACAGCUGCUCUAAGUACAACAUUGUUCAACAAUGGUUUUGCUUGUGGGACAUGUUACCAGAUAAAGUGUGUUGAGUCAACUUGGUGCUACCCUGGGGUUCCAUUCACCACAGUGACUGCUACCAAUCUUUGCCCUCCAAAUUGGGCCCAAGACUCCAACAACGGUGGCUGGUGCAACCCUCCACGAGUCCACUUCGACAUGUCCAAGCCCGCUUUUAUGAAAAUUGCACAAUGGAAAGCUGGCAUUGUCCCUGUCAUGUAUAGAAGGGUUCCAUGUGUAAGGCCGGGGGGCCUUCGAUUUUAUUUCCAAGGAAAUGGGUACUGGUUGUUGGUAUACGUGAUGAAUGUAGGAGGCGGGGGUGACAUUGCCCAAAUGUGGGUUAAAGGAAGCAAAACAGGGUGGAUUAGCAUGAGCCAUAACUGGGGAGCGACAUAUCAGGCAUUUGCAACUCUUGGAGGCCAAUCUCUUUCCUUUAAGAUCACUUCAUACACAUCCAAGGGGACUAUCAUUGCCUGGGAUGUUGCACCUGCUAAUUGGAAUGUAGGAUCCACUUACACCUCAGAAGUGAACUUCCAUUAA